CUUUACCUCCCCCCCUACUUCAUCUUCCUUCCGCCAAGCCAGCUUCAUCUAAUUUCCUAACUGUGACGACUCGACCCCAGGGGCAGAGAGCUAUCCGAUAGUCUGGUCCGAACGCCUCCUGAAGACAUAUAAUACCGUCAAAGCACAAUCUGUAUCAAUCGAGAUGCCAUUGGAGUGCCCGAUUGAUCAGUAGCGCGUUUGCUUAGACCCCGGCUGCUUCACGGCCAACGAUCGAUCACCUCAGGAUGAAUAGAUUGGCAAAAGUUACGCAGUACUUAGCCCGGUUAGAAGAUGCCAGAUGCGACGGAAACUGGGAUGACAUUCCGGAACUCGUUCGAAAGGUCCGCAAGCAUGCCGCCGACAGGCUAUGUAUCACUACCACCGCCGAAAUCGAGUACGCCAUCGUUAAGGCUUCCCAGAAGCAGGCCAUCGGGUCUCGACCUUCAACCGCCGUUUCGACCAGGGAUUUAGACAUCUCCCAGCUGCUUCCUAGACUUCUCAACGCGAUCGAUUCGGAAACCUCGCACCUCGAAGACAAAUACCAGGCCCAGGUGUGUGUAGGAUGGCUUUACUGGACUGUUGGCGAGUAUGGCUCGGCCUCGAGCCACUUUUCCGAGAACAUAGAGAGUGAAGCCGCUCAACCAGGCCAGGCGAAUGGUGCCUCCGAAUGGACAAGGGUGUGCUCUCUCAAGGCUGUGUACCUAAAGGCCAACUGCCUAGCGAGAAGCAACGAACGAGUUGCAGCGUUGGACGUCUUCGAAUCGGCCCUAGUCUCUCCAUCGCACAUUUUAUCGGGCGACAAGGGUCGCAAGCAGUUACGAUUCUGGGCCGAGCUCUUCUUGACUGAGUAUUGCAUGCUACAAGCCCAGGCUCUGGAAAGAGGCGAGAAGGCUCUCGAGGACACCAACUCGCUGGCACCUUUCCGCUCGUGGGCAAAAUACUGGGAUGCUUCUAAGACCCAAGGGACACCGCUUGUGGGCGGCCAUGGCUUUCGCGGGACCGUCCCGAGGAGGAGGGUGUGGAAUGAGUAUUACGCCGCCAUCUCCGGCAUCCUACAACAGGACCUGCCGUUUCCCACCGGCCUUGUCGAUGUCACCAACGAAUCAUCCGCUAGAAGCCAGCUUCGGAUGGAGUUGAAAAAAGUCGAGACAGCCUACGAAGCGCUACUCCUGAGCGAAACGUCUUUUCCGCGCGCCGAUGAACAGAGGCAGGAGGUGGAAGAUUUUGUUGCGGCCGUGAUGAAGAAUUGGGCCGUAUUGAACGGGCACGAUUGGCAUGCACAGGAUCUUGGGCCUAAUGGUAAAGAAGGCCUUAGUCGGGGGAUACUGGACAUUCUCUACCGCGCCGCGACCAAGACAUAUCAUUCGACGGCCAUCCUGCGAUACCUGUUCACGAUUCACCUUUCUGUUGCCGAGUUUGACUUGGCCUUCCACGCCUUCGACUCCUACUUGGAAAUCGUCAAGAAAGGGAAGGCCCGAGUGGACAAAACUGGUCACCCAGAACCGAGUCUGGACGACGAUGCUACCGUCUUGGAAACCCUGUCCCAGGCGAUCACAGCCUUGUGCCAGUAUGGUUUCCGAGACGCCGCGGAGAAGGCACAUGAACUAGGAGCUGAGUUGGAAAGAUUUUUACAGAAGUUGCCAGCACCGCUUCCCAGCGGGCAAGAUCAUAUCACUACGCUGGAGGAGGAAAACGGAAACGGUGUAAUACUGCAUCCAAGGAUACCGUCCCGCGUACACGCCUUAGCGUGGCAAGCCAUCGGUAUCGCGCAAGCACAAUGGUCCCGAGCAACCCAUGAUGCGACUCUGCGGUCCGAAACACAAGCCAAGGCUAUUCGAAGCUUCCAAAAGUCGUUAUCGCCGGAAAAUGGAAACCCAACUGAUGUUAGAACCCUGUUUACGCUCGGUCUACUGCUAGCGGAGCAGAGGGAACUCACGGCAGCCAUCGAUAUCGUCAAGGCCGCGCUUAUGUCUAAUAAGAAGACUAGAGCGUAUCCUGGAUCGGUAUCAUAUUGGCGGGAGCGGUCGCUAAUCCCUCUGUGGCAUCUACUAGCACUCCUAUUGAGUGCCAGGCAGGAUUAUAUAAUGGCCGCAAGGGCCUGCGAAGGGGCUUUUGAGCAGUUCGAUGACCCGACUGUAUUGUUUGGCUCGCAAGACUUGGAAGGGACUUUCCGUAGCGAGCACCUAAAUGACUUGGAGGCUCGGGACGAGAAAUCCUAUUCGAGAGGGGGCUUGGUUGAUGAAAUGGGCGAUCUCGAGAAGGAGGGCAUGAUCGAGGUGAAAAUGACACAACUUGCCCUCCUGGAGCUGUUGGAAGGGCCAGAGGUUGCGGUGAACGCAAGCCACGAACUGUUAGUCUUGUACAAUAGGCUAUUCGGCGAAUUCCAGCCACGAGGGCCAGCGGCAAAUCAAAAGGCGGCCAUGGAGGUGCCCAAAAGCUCCGCUGGCACGGUCAGAAGCAUCUUCGGCAGCCGGUCGGCUGGACCGUCCCGAAAUCAGAAGCAUGCCAGCACCGCAGAGAGCAUCACGUCCACUGUCGCAACGGAGAGGCCCCAGACCGCCCAAACCACCAUUAGUACCGGGACCGCCGCCCCUACUAUACACGUCACCAAAGAAAAUGGCGAAGCUGGGGAGACUCGGCGAUCUAGGAGAUCGAGCAGCAUACGCAGCGAAUCGGCGAGGCGGAAUAGCUUGAAGAAGCGAGAGCCUAGCGCGCAACCGCGGCGAGCCUCCGCGAGCAUAGGUUCUCACGCCCCAACCGUCGCGGACGGCGACGAAUUCUACCCACACCCGCAAGCUGUGGCGGACGGAACGACGCAGGAGCGAGCGGAGAUCUUUACUUGGAGUAGCAAGAGUGACAUAUCGAGACAGCAGUCUCUUUCGAAAGGCCGGGGACUGCAUCGCUAUGAUUCUACCGCUUCGUCGAGACGGGGUUCCGCGAGCGGUUCGGAACCGCUGAUCAUAGACUCACUUACGCCGAGUAACCCGCUACCCAUGGUGCAGUUCCCGAAGGAGGCAGUCAAGCGGCAGAGGCAAACCGUGCUCGUCAAAGUGUGGUUGAUGAUUGCCGCAUUCUAUCGCCGUGCUAACAUGCACGCCGAUGCCAAAGGCGCUAUCGACGAGGCGAGGAAGUUGGUAGACGGCCUAGAAACGGACAUUACCAAAGACGCGAGCGGCUCGGUGACGCUGCAAAAUCCUAGCUGGGGAGGGAAAAGAUCGGUCGAAGAGCUCUGGGCCGACGUGCACACCGAGGUGGGCCAUCUUGCGGCCUCCGAAGGCACAGCUUACGUGGCGAAAGAUCACUUCGAGGAAGCCUUGAUGCACUACCCGAACCAUCUCUCGGCGAUUGUCGGAUUGUCUAACAUACUUCUCGACAUUUACACCGAGGUACUGCUGCCUCCUCCCACGAUACCCGGUAUCGUUCUGCCGGAUGGUGAAUUGGCAACACUGGUCCCGCCGCAUCCCAACGCGCGGAAAGCUCGGGCAGGCUCUUCUCCGCUGAGAGAUGUACCGACACUGCCAUCAACACCGCUGGGUCUCGGAGGCGACGCGACAGACGACGGCUUAAGCUGGCCCCUCCUAAAUAAAACGCCCUCGGUUACUACCGAAUCGGAUGAGCCUUCGACAGAAGAACUCCUGGCACCCUACAAGGCCGUUUCCCUACCUCUCGUCGACCGGCUUGCCGCCCGGGACAGGGCCUACGGGCUUCUAUCUGGACUCACCAGGCUAGGCACGGGGUGGAAUUCCUCGGAUGCGUGGUUUGCCUUGGCUAGAGCCCACGAAGAAAGCGGGCAGUUGGACAAGGCUAAAGAUGCGCUUUGGUGGUGUAUCGAGCUCGAGGAAGGGAUGGGUGUCCGCGAUUGGAAUUGCGUGAGCGCCAGCGGCUACGUGCUAUAGGGCCAACCCGUUCCGCUAGGGCAUCUCCGCGCAAAAAAAGAAAAAGAAAGAAAGAGGAAAAAAACGAAACGAUAGACACCUCUCGGAUAGACGGAAAAGUAACAAGAAGAUUGGCAACUGAUGGAGUUUGGCGGGGACCCUAGUAUGCGAUAGAUUUUUCUCUCUUGUCUUCCGGUCGGGGUGUGGUGUCGUCGUUUCGCGUUAGAAACUCGGCCUCCCCCUUUCACCUUCACCUCUAGAUCGGACUCGAUACCCUCUCGUGGCAUAUCCCACUAUCAUCAGCGGCAUUUAGAUAUUAAUGAUAAUAUAUAGACACCAUUUGGAAAGCUGAACGCUCAUCCCGGUCGAGGAAUUCUUCCUGCCGACUCACAAUCGACAUCCUUCUAGUUUUCGUCCUCAUAAUUCUGGAUCUCGAGUAGUCGUCGACUCUGUAGCAGCAUCUAAACACGGAUACUGUGCAGCGUGCCUCUUUCUAC